CGACACUGUUCUCCCAGAGACGGUGAUUGUCAGGUGGAGGGAAGGAGAGGGAGAGCCGGUCGCCCUGAGAAACUCGGGGUGCGCUGAGUGCCGAGGAGGAGGCGUCUGCUCGAGAUGAGCAUAUGCUAGGCCAGGACAAAUGUUCUUGGAUUCUCCCACCAUGUUGUACAGCUUCUCUGCUCCAUUUUUGUUGUAUGUGCUGCAACUCAAUUGACAAUGUUUGUAAAAGGCAACACUCUGGGACUGUGGGAUAUAAGGUGUAGGAUGUUUCCUGUUCCACGAUCAAAAGGUCAACAUCAGAUCUGGCCGAUGAAUGAAGAGCCACCUGCCUGGAUUUGGGCUGCUCCAACUGUACCUGGUCUUUUUAGAAUAAUUGGCCCUCCCCAUCUUCAUCCCUUGACUUCUCCACACAGUCCUCCUGAGUUUCUGCAAGCUCCAUCCGGAUGGCAAAUCCCUUAUGAUUCUUUCAUUCCUUUGAUGGUCCUGCCUUCUCCACCAGAACCAGCUGUUCUUCAGCUUCCACUUCCAACUGUGCAGUGGGAGCAAAUAAUGCAUCCCCCAGUAGUAGGAUUUCCUCCACCUGUUGGUAUGGACUUCAUUCCCAUAGUUCCACAUAUGCACACUUCUUCCUGGAGACCAUCAAGUAAGGGCUGGGUGGAUAAAAGAACCCCUGAUUGCAAAGUAUAUUUCAAUAAUGCAAUUUCUGUGGAGUCAACUUGGGGAAAAUCAGAGGACAUCACAUUUUUCCAUGGAUAUAAAAAGCCCAUUUUAAAAGCAAAUCAAGUGGCAGUGGCGCUAUCAGCAGUAACCAAACCUACAUCAUCGACAGGCUCCAGACCCUUUCUCGUGGUAACACCUCAAUCCAUUACUGAUAGCGUCAAUCACAUGGGGUGGAUCUUGAUUCACAUAAAGGCCAGGCUGGAUAAGGAUGGAAGAUUUCCUCUCCUGAAGGACAUUUAUGAAACUGAUGGUUACAGCAACAACCAUAAGCAUGUUUUUGGGUUUGCUUCAUUCGUCAAUUCCACUAAAUAUUCUGUGUAUCUUUAUGCCAUCUUUUCUUAUGCUCUUUUGGAGGCCUAACAGCUCAAACAUCAGGUGGUUCCAUGUGAGAUUUUCCCCUUGAGCAUCAGUCUCACAGCAGUCAUGAGAACUUGAAGUCUACCUGUAUUCUGGUGACUGUAACCAUGGUUGGUGCUCUAGAUACAGCCUAGCCAAAACUGGGGAUUUGUACAAAUCUAGUUACUUUGUGUAACCCAGCUUUCUCUAUUGCAUUUAUUUGAAGUGUGGUGGGUGAAGCACCAUCCCAAAGCUAUAUUAAUUUCUCCUUUAGCACACUCUUCAUUUCCCUGGAUGAACACAGCUCCAACAACGCUAGAGAAGCUCGACAUAAGAAUAUAACACAAGAAAUCAGACAAACAGUAGGCUUCGUGGCUUCGAUGCCAUUCAAUAAGAUUUGAUCUUGGCCUGAACUCCAGCUUCCUGCUGUUUCCCACAUCUCCCCUGUAGUUCAAAAAUUUGCCUGUCUUUGUCUUGAAUGAUUCAUCCUCCAUAGCUCUCUGGCAUAGAGAAUUCCAAAGAUUCAUGACCCCCUUGGAGACGAUAUUCCUCCUCACUUUCUCUCUUCCAAACUCCAUUAUGUAUAGCCCUAACUUGAUCAAUCUCUCCUCAUGAUAUGACCCCUUCAUUCCUGGAAUCAAGUUAUUGAAUCUUCUUAAAUGUUAAGAUUCGAAUUGCCUUUCUAAUUACUUCUUGUAUCUUCAUGUGAACCUUUUGUGUUUCAUGUAUGGGGACACUCCUUACCCCUCUGUACCACAGCACUCUGUAGUCCCUGCUUCAUUAACCAUUAUUCUUGUUUUCCUAUUCUUCCAAAUAAAUUGGAUAAACCACGUUUCAGCAUAUUAUACCAUUUCUGCCAAUUUUUUACCUAGCCACUUAUCCAAUUCCCUUUGCCAAUACAUAGUCUGUAAAUUGAAUUAGAAAUGAAACAUUUACGCAAAAACCCUUUUGCACAUUUUACAGUGUAUUUUCCUAGCUCUGGCCCAGGUCCCACCCAUUGGACCUCAUAUCUCCUGUAGUACACACUUCUGACUUAUCUGUAGAAAUUGGAUCAAAAGAUGCCUAUGUCUUUUGUUUUCACUCAAGGAUUGUGUCAAACAGAAACUCAGGAACCACAUGUGAAUUAAAGGGUCCAUGUUAAGACCAAUUUUAUAUUCACUGAUUCCCUACAUUGAUUUACCAGUGCUGUCCUCUUGCUGAGUGGCAGCCCAGACGGAAGUUGCAUCCCUUUGCACCAAUGAUGCUGCAAUUUAUAACCUUCAUAAUUGCAGUGGCACAGGGCGCUAGUUCAUGACACAGUGCUUGAUCGGAUCGCCACAUAGCUUGGGGUGCCUCAUUAGCCAGCGCAUCAUCACUUAACCCUUUACCUACCCUUUGAUUUCUGUUCCAGCCUGAUUGCAAACCCUUCCUCCACCCUUGCUUUUCCUAAGGAGAAUUCUUUAACAACACCAAUCUGUUUCCCAACAGGCAGUGUAUAAAUUGGAUGGUAGCUGAGUGCUUGACUGCUGUUUCCAUAUGUAAGCAUGUAGAGCAGUUUCUAACACAUUAAAUGGAAGGAAAUUACACAUGACCAUAUCCCCCAUUUCAGCAAUUUUUUUUCAGAAUAACACUCAAUUUGACAUAAAAGCAAAAUGUAGCCUCCACUUAGCAUGCUGCAAAUUAGUGAAAUUCAAUUUCUGGGUUUUUAUGUCCUUAACUUUGCUUUGUCACCUGUCUUGGCACCAUUCAGGAAACAGCAGCCAGAAUGAUCAGCACCCAGUCCACCACCUGAACACUUCACCACAGAUUGCCCAUAGCUGCACCUAUGAAAUGCACUGCAAUUAUAUACCAAGCCCUCCUGAAUCUGUGAACUCGACACCAAACAAAGACAAGAACAGCAGACAUAUGUGGACAACUGCACUUGCAGGUUCCCCUACAAAUCACCCUGAUUUGGAAAUGAGUCACUGAUUCUUCAUUGUUGGUGUGUUUUACUCCUGGAACUCCAUACACAACAAUAUUGUGUAAGAGGGACGGCAGACUGUAGACCACUUUAAGGGCAUUUUGGGAUGGCAGGAAAGGCUGAUCUUACCAAUAGAGCCUACAUCCCC